AGAAAAGGAAACUCAAUCCCCAAAUCGAGCGAACUCUCCUCCAAAUUCGACGAACUAUUAAGCCCAGAAAAAUCAAUCCACACCCACCCGAUUUGGGAAAAACUUUUCUUCAUUCGCUUUUCCCAUCUUUUUGUGUUAAACCUACCUGCUUGAUCCUAAUCUGUAACCUCGACUUCGUUUGAGCUCGCUCACACGUGCCGCAUCUCCUGUUUCGUUUCACACAGCUGAAAUCACCGUCAAUUCAGUACCAACCGAUUGGUGCCCGCGAGUUUCUGUCUUUGUUCAGCUCAAGAUUGCUCCUUUGUGUAUCAAUUCAAAAAAAAAAUAGCUCUUUUUAGCAGGACGAGCUAAUCAGGGAGAUGAAACUUGGGUGCUGUUGUGGCUUCUGGAGUAGAGGAAAGUUAUGCAGUGUUUGUUGUUACUAUUAAUUAAAAAAAGAGGUAGAACAAGGCGAAGAAGAAGACUGAAGCUGGUAACACAAUGAAUAUUCAGGCUCACAUGUCUGGACAACAAGGGAACAACAUGUCCCAGCAGAAUGGGAACUCUCAAAUGCAGAAUUUAGUUAACGUUAGUGGUAGUGCUGGUGCUGCUCCUCCUCCUACUAAUACUAGUGCUGGUUUAGGACCUUCACGUGUUGACAAUGACCUCUCCAGACUUCGCCAGAACAUGCGAAUCAAGAUUUUCAGUAUCUUGCAGCAGAAACAACCUUCACCAGCUGAUGAUGCAUCAAAGGCAAAGUAUAUGGAUGUUGCUAGACGCUUAGAGGAAGGCCUGUUUAAAAUUGCCAACACCAAGGAAGAUUACUUGAACCAGUCGACCCUUGAACCUCGGCUGGCAAGUCUAAUCAAAGGCAGACAGUUGACCAACUACAAUCAACGACAAGCUAAUUCUUCCUCCGUUGGAACAAUGAUACCCACUCCAGGGUUACAACAUAGUGGUGGGAAUCCGAAUAUGAUGAUGACAUCCUCUGUUGAUGCUGCAAUGGCUGGAAGUAAUAACAUCACAACUACUGCUAUGAACACUGGAAGCCUUCUUAACUCUGGUGGCAUGCUUGGAGGUAACAUGUCUAAUGGCUACCAGCAUUCAUCGAGUAAUUUUGGUCUUGGUUCUGGAGGGAACAUGACAUCAAUGAGCUCGCAAAGAAAUACGGGCCAGAUGAUGCCUACCCCUGGAUUUGUCAACAACAAUAGUAAUAACAACAACAACAAUGGCAAAUCUUACUUGAGUGUUGAAGCUUCCAAUAAUAGUGGCGGGUUUUCUACUGCGUCUAUGAUGGCACCUCAGCCUCAGCAGCAGCAACAGCAACAGAGGCAGAAUAUUGGUGGCCAAAAUAGUCGUCUGUUGCAUAGCCUUGGAAGUCAAAUGGGUGUUGGCCUUAGACCUGGCAUGCAACAAAUAAUGUCUAAUGUGUCUAACAACUCCAUAAAUAGUGGUGUUGGGAUGAAUGCAAAAGGUGUAGAUUCAGGAACCAGAAAUUCACAGCAGGUUUAUGAUAACCUUCAGCGUUCAGGAAUGCAGGGUGAAGGAUAUGGCACAAAUAAUUCUGACCCUUUCGGAUCGGGAAACUUGUAUGGUGCUGUAACAUCUGUUGGAACUAUGACAAAUACUCAGAAUACCAAUACAACAAGUUUUCAGUCUGUGCCUAGAACUAGCUCUUCUCUGUCACAUCAACAGCAGCAGUUUCAGCAACAGCCCAAUCGACUUCAGCAACAACCUAAUCAACUUCACCAGCAGCAGCAGCAGUUUCUUCGUCAACGGCAGUUGAAGCAGCAGCAGAGAUUCAUAAGUCAUGAUGCUUUUGGGCAAAACCAUGUGGCCUCUGACAUGGGUACACACGUUAAACAUGAACCUGGAAUCGAGAACCCUAGCGAGUCUAUCCACUCCCAGACUCCUGAGCAAUUCCAGCUUUCUCAGUUUCAGAAUCAAUACCAGAACAAUGCAGAUGACCGUCAUGCAGGUUCUCAAAUUCUCCCUGCCACAAGUCAGAGUGAUAUGUGUGCAACAGUUCCCCAGAACAGUCAACAGAUACAGCAGAUGUUGCAUCCGCAAAGUAUGGCUUCAGACUCUAUUAACAGUUUUAGCAACCUUUCUGUUGGAGUGAAAUCAGAAUCUGGUCUGCGUGGUGACUGGCAAUCUCAGUCACAGGAACAUACUCAAGUGUCUAAUAGUAUGUCGAAUCAACUGCACAUUCAGAAUGAUUUCCGUCAAAGAUUGUCAGGACCGGACGAAGCUCAGCCCAAUAAUAUGUCUGGAGGGUCUAUAGUUCAAAAUCAUAUAUCCACUACAUCAGAAUCUCCUAAUCCUCAAACCCCUGUAGGCACCUCUUGUAAAUAUGGAAAUGGAAACCAAGAUCCGAGAUUCAGAAAUCAACAGAAAUGGCUCCUGUUUCUACGCCAUGCUCGCAACUGCAAAGCGCCCGAAGGCAAGUGUCCUGACCGGAAUUGCGUUACGGUGCAGAAGCUUUGGAAGCACAUGGACAGUUGUGAUGCACCUCAGUGUUCAUAUCCCCGUUGCCGACCCACAAAGACAUUGAUUAAUCACCAUCGAAGUUGUAAAGAAUCUAACUGUCCUGUCUGUGUUCCUGUGAAAGCCUUCUUACAGCAACAGGCAAAUGCCCGGUCGCUAGCUCGUUUAAAAACUGAAAGCGGUGCAGCAAGGUCAGUGAAUGAAGCUGGAAUAUCCAGUGAUGCAGUACAGACCUCUACUGGUGCAACAUCAUGUGCUUCGCCUGUUGCUGAUAUUUCAAAGCAUUUGCAACCUUCAUUGAAACGAUUGAAGGUGGAACAGUCUUCUCAACCCGUGAACAUUGAGACAGAAAGUUGUAAGAGCUCAGUUGUUUCCAUAACAGAAGCACAAUCGUCUCAGUACGCUGAAAGAAUGGAUCAUAGGCAGAGUGAUGUACGUCCACCUUCUAGGUAUGAAGUGAAAGCUGAGGUUUCUGAAGCUUCUGUCCAGGCACGACCCGAUUUAAAAGAGACGAAAAUUGGAAUUGUUGAAAAUAUUUCCAAGCAAAGGCCUGUCGUUGAAGCAGUUAAACAAGAUUUGUCUGAUGCCUCACCUCGGCAAGAGAAAUGCAAAAUUGAGAAAGAAGCUGAGCCACCUAAAAAAGAGAUUAUGGUAGAGUGCGUUAAACCUCAACCCAAAUCUGGAAAAGCAGAAAUAAAGGGUGUUUCAUUAACUGAGUUGUUCACUCCUGAGCAAGUAAGAGAACAUAUCCGGGGUCUUCGUCAGUGGGUUGGCCAGAGUAAAGCAAAAGCUGAAAAGAAUCAGGCUAUGGAGCAUUCAAUGAGUGAGAAUUCCUGCCAGCUGUGUGCAGUGGAGAAGCUCACCUUUGAGCCACCACCUAUUUAUUGUACCCCUUGUGGUGCCCGCAUAAAGAGAAAUGCAAUGUAUUACACUGUAGGAGCUGGUGACACUCGUCACUACUUUUGUAUUCCGUGUUAUAAUGAGUCCCGUGGGGACACUAUAGUAGCUGAAGGGACGCCUAUACCUAAGGCAAGGCUCGAGAAAAAGAAAAAUGAUGAAGAGACUGAAGAAUGGUGGGUCCAAUGUGAUAAAUGUGAAGCCUGGCAGCAUCAGAUUUGUGCUUUAUUUAACGGGCGAAGGAAUGAUGGAGGGCAAGCUGAGUAUACCUGCCCGUAUUGCUAUAUAGCAGAAGUGGAACAAAGUAAGAGGAAGCCUUUACCUCAGAGUGCUGUUCUUGGAGCUAAAGAUUUACCGCGAACAAUUCUCAGUGACCAUAUAGAGCAGCGGUUGUUUAAGAGGCUGAAGCAGGAAAGAACAGACAGAGCCAGGGCUCAAGGAAAAAGUUUUGAUGAGAUUCCUACAGCAGAGUCCCUUGUGAUUAGAGUUGUUUCAUCUGUCGACAAGAAACUGGAAGUCAAACCCCGAUUUCUUGAAAUUUUCCGGGAGGACAGUUAUCCAACAGAAUUUGCAUACAAAUCCAAGGUGGUUCUGUUAUUCCAAAAGAUUGAAGGUGUAGAAGUAUGCUUAUUUGGGAUGUACGUCCAAGAAUUUGGUUCUGAAUGCGCAUUUCCUAAUCAACGCCGAGUUUAUCUCUCUUAUUUGGAUUCUGUAAAGUACUUUAGACCAGAGGUUAGAUCUUAUAACGGAGAGGCUCUGCGCACUUUCGUUUACCACGAAAUUCUGAUCGGUUACCUAGAAUACUGCAAGCUGCGUGGUUUCACUAGCUGCUACAUAUGGGCUUGUCCGCCUCUCAAGGGCGAGGACUAUAUCUUAUAUUGUCAUCCAGAAAUUCAGAAGACGCCAAAAUCUGAUAAACUACGAGAGUGGUACUUAGCAAUGUUGAAAAAAGCUUCAAAAGAGGGCAUUGUGGCAGAAACUAUUAAUCUAUAUGAUCAUUUCUUCAUGCAAACUGGUGAAUGUAGAGCUAAAGUUACUGCAGCAAGGCUCCCAUAUUUCGAUGGUGACUACUGGCCAGGUGCAGCAGAGGAUCUUAUAUACCAAAUGAGUCAAGAAGAAGAUGGCAGAAAGGGCAAUAAGAAAGGACUGCUCAAGCAAAAAAUCACAAAAAGGGCUCUAAAGGCUUCUGGGCAGACUGAUCUAUCUGGGAAUGCAUCCAAGGAUCUGCUGCUAAUGCAUAAGCUUGGUGAGACCAUUCACCCAAUGAAGGAGGACUUUAUCAUGGUCCACUUGCAACCUUCUUGCACACAUUGCUGUAUACUGAUGGCAUCUGGAAAUCGUUGGGUUUGCAGUCAGUGCAAAUACUUUCAGAUUUGUGAUAAGUGUUAUGAGGCUGAAGAGCGGCGUGAAGACAGGGAAAGGCAUCCUGUUAAUUUUAAGGAUAAGCAUGCAUUAUAUCCUGUUGAGAUUACGGACAUUCCUGCAGAUACGAGGGACAAGGAUGAGAUACUCGAAAGCGAGUUUUUCGACACUAGGCAGGCGUUCCUGAGUCUUUGUCAAGGGAACCAUUAUCAGUACGACACGUUGAGGCGGGCAAAGCAUUCGUCGAUGAUGGUCCUUUAUCAUCUGCAUAAUCCAACUGCUCCAGCCUUUGUCACGACCUGUAAUGCGUGUCACCUCGACAUUGAAACUGGUCAAGGCUGGCGCUGUGAAGUAUGUCCAGACUACGAUGUGUGUGAUUCAUGUUACCGUAGAGGAGUUAAUCAUCCUCACAAGCUGACCAAUCAUCCAUCUCUAGCUGAUCAAAAUGCUCAGAACAAAGAAGCUAGGCAGUUGCGUGUCGUGCAGCUUAGGAAAAUGCUUGAUCUUCUGGUACAUGCAUCACAAUGUCGUUCGGCACAUUGUCAAUAUCCAAAUUGCCGGAAAGUGAAGGGACUGUUCCGACAUGGUAUACAAUGCAAAGUGCGUGCUUCAGGAGGUUGUGUUCUAUGCAAGAAAAUGUGGUAUCUUCUGCAACUCCACGCUCGGGCCUGCAAAGAAUCCGAGUGCCAUGUACCUCGUUGCAGUGACCUGAAGGAGCAUCUGAGAAGAUUACAGCAGCAAUCAGAUUCACGGCGUAGAGCAGCUGUGAUGGAGAUGAUGAGACAAAGAGCUGCAGAAGUCGCUGGGGGAUCAAGUUAAUCAAAACUUGUACAUUUUGAUAUAUCAAAAUCAAAGUUCCUUUUUUGCAGAGGUAACAAGAUAUAUAGCCAGUUUCACCGAGCUCCAACAAGUUGAUCAGUAUCUUUUUGAAGAAGAAGACCAGGCAGUUAGAGACUAAUGGUGAACUUAGCUUAGGUUGGUGUUUGUUUAACAUGCGCUCAGAGUGUGACCUGAAUUUCUUUUUGAAAGAAUGUGUGACCUGAAUUUCAGAAGAAGAAGAAGAGGAGAGUCGUGUGUUCUUCAGAGAUGAGAGAGUCUUGAGUUUCAAGGUCAGUAAAUUUGAUGUGGUUCAUUGGUUGGUUGGGUGAUCUUCUGAUAGUAUACUAUACACACGCACACACUGUCCUCACAUGUUAUAUUUUUAGUAAUUUAUUUGUAUUUUUGUAAAUUUGCCAUUUCUGAUUUGGGAAUGACAAUAGUGUAACAUAUACAGUUACUUUAACGUGUUGCUUGCAAGCUAAGUAAGAUAGAAAGAUCCUGUAUUCCCACUUUUUGUUUGUUUUCUUAUGUUUUGAUGAAAUUGUCCUAAUUCACCCUUGUAAUCAUAUUAAUUUAUAGUCCCUCUGGUUUAGAUUUUGCCU